AUUACAGGAAAUGAUUGACUAUCCACCUGCAGAGAAAACAAACAAACUGAAAAGUAAACUGAAAGAGUUAGAAAAUGUUACACUUAACAUUGCUAUAACAGGGAUGACAGGAGCAGGGAAGUCUUCCUUUGUCAAUGCCCUCAGAGGCCUUUCUAAUGAUGAUAAAGACGCAGCUCCCACAGGAACAACUGAGACUACCAUGAAGCCCAACAUGUAUCUGCAUCCCUCCAUGCCAAAUGUGAAGAUAUGGGACCUGCCUGGAAUUGGUAGUCCCAAAUUUAAAGCAAAGAAGUACCUGAAAGAUGUCAAUUUCCACACGUAUGAUUUCUUUCUCAUAGUGACCUCUGAAAGAUUUAAGGAGAACGACAUCGAGCUGGCCAGAGCGAUCAUGAAGAGCAAGAAGCUAUUUUAUUUCAUUCGCACUAAAAUUGAUAACGACAUUCGUGCUGAAUCACACAAAAGAAACUUUGAUGAGCGGAUGUUGCUCGAAAACAUUCGAGAGGAUUGUAAGGUAAACCUAUUGAGAGUCGGAAUAUCCCAAAUAUUCCUAGUAUCUUCAUUUAAUUUGGAAAAAUAUGACUUUCAGAAGCUCAUCAACACCCUCGAAGAUGAACUUCCAGAGAACAGGAAAUUUGCUCUCAUUCAGUCUCUUCCCGUUUAUUCUCCAGAGGCCCUCACAAAGAAGAAAACAUACAAGAAAAAUUGGCUAAAUGCAUUUGCAGCCAGGCGGUCGAGGCAAUAGCUCCCAUCCCAGGAUUGUCACUGGCCUGUGAUUAUGGCAUCAUGAAGAAGUUUUUUCAGCAAGUCUACACAGGCUUUGGCUUAUCAAAUCAGGCAGGAGCUAUCAGACCGAGUGAACAAACCGGUUCACUUU